AUGCGAAUAACAUUGAUUGAUAACUUAACAAUAAUUGCUCAUUCACAACACAGGAAUUCUGGAGAAGAUGCAAUUGCUAAGCUUUUUGCUAUUGUACCAUACAUUUAAUAUUUAUCCCUAUUAUUACCUUAACAUGGAUGGCAAUAUUGGAAUUAUAGUGAUGGCUAUUUAAUCUUUAUAUCAAAGGCAUCAUCAUAUUUCACUAUUACACCCUUCUUUGAAUUUCAAAAUAAUUUCAUUUACUAUCCUUUUACAAUUUUCAGUCUAAUAAUACUUUUGGGUGUAUUAUUUUAUUUAUCCUUUUUCAGUUUAGAAGUGGAUUCAAAUAAAUAGAAGGUUAAAUAUUUAGAAGAAAGGACAACUCUUUUUUGCUCAAUUAUAUUUUUCACUAUUUAAACCCUUUAAAUACCAUGUUAUAAGUUUUAUAUCUAACAGAUUAUUGAUGCUAAUCAAAAAAAUGAAAUAAAUCAAUUAAUAAUCAAUAUCUGUGCACUUAUUUUAUAUUGCUUCUAUGUUUUUAUUUGUGAAUAUUUUUUAAGAAUUUACUCAUUUCUACCUUACCAUCCGAUGUAAUAAAAAUUUACUAAAUUGCGAAGUUCAUUAAUAUUAUUAAAUUUAAUUGCUAUUGUAUUAACUUUAGAAUAACAAUCAAAUUCAUACAAUCUUAUUGGUUUAUUUAUUUUACAUAUGAUAUUUAUCAUUAAAAUUUUAAAUCAUUUGUACUAUCAAUCAGAUGUUCCUCAUAAAAAUAUGCUCGAUUUUCAAGUCUCAUUUACUUUAGAAUCAUUAGCUAUUUUAAUCACCAUUAAUGUUUCAUCUGAAAAUUAAAUUUUUCCUGAAGAUCAAAUAGCAAUUUAUAUUUUGUUUAUCUUAAGUCUUGGAUUAAUUUUAGGCAACCAUCUAUUUUAGUUUCUAUAUAAAUAUAAUUUCAUUAGAAUUAAUAGAUAUCUUAAUCUAAUUUAUGAAAUGCAUAAUUGUAUUUGCAACAUCAAUUCCAAUUCGAUAACUAUACAGCAUUUAUUAAUGUAUCAAAUAAUCAAUGAUGAUUAAUUUACAAAAUUUAAAAAAAAGGCUCUUCUUAAUAAUAAAAGUACUAAGAUGGUUGAUUAUUAUAAAUUAGGUUUGUAUUUAAUAAGCUAAAUCUUUCUUGAGUUAAUUAAUGAAUAAAAAAAUGAAGCAGAAUAAAUAUAAUUAUUAUUUGUUUCUUUUUUAGCAGUUAUAAAAAAAAAACCACUUGUUGCUUAUGUUGCUUUUAAAAGAUUUGAAUAAAAUAUUAGUUAUAAGAAAUCUUAUUAUUUUAAUUUUAUAAAAAGAAGAAUUAACUUACAUUUUUAAAAGAGAGUAUAAGCUGUUUAAAAGAUAUAUCAAAAUGAAAAGUUAUAAUCAAUAAAAAAUGAAAAUAAUAAUAAUGAAAAAAGAAUUUCUACUCAUGAACUUUACAAAUUUUGUUAGUUAGAAGAGAAUUUUUAAAAAGCAAUAUUGGAAAUAAUUUAAUAUAAAAUACGAAUUUGGGAAUUUUAGAUUUAAGGUUGCUAAACAAUUUAUGAUUUUUAAGCUUUUGCACUUCCUUUAAGUAAAAAAAUAGUAGAUUGUAUUUUAUACUUAAGAGAAUAAUAAAUUAAUGUUGUAAAAGAAGAAUUUAUAAAAAAUUGUGAAAACAUAUUAACUUUAAAGAUAUGUUCUAUGUUUUACAGUUUUGUUAUGAAUGAUUACUAUCAUUCUUUUUAUUGUGAAUAGAAAAUAUCAGAUAUAAUGAAAACUGAAACAAUGUUUUAAUUGAAUACUUCAUCAAGAGCAAAUAUUUUGUAAGACAAUACUGUUUUAGUAAUAGUAAGCAUGGUAAGAUAAUUAGGAAAAAUCUUAAAUAUAAAUAAAAGUCAAUUAGCAAACUAUUUUGGUUUUCCUUUGAUUGAAUUUAAUUAGAUUAAUACUAUUGGAGAUUUGAUGCCUUAACACUUUGGGGAUUAACAUGAUGGUUUUUUACAAUCUUAUAUAAAAGAAGCAAAGACUGAUUUAGUGUUUAAAGAUGUUAGAACAUUUGCAAAAAGUAAAAAUGGAUUUAUAAUACCAUAAUAUAUUAAUAUAUAUAACAACUAUUAUAUUUUUGAUGAUUUUACUGUUAUUGGUAGUUUAACAAAAAUAAAGGAAUUUCGUAAUUAUCUGUUAUUUGAUGAAUUUGGUAAAUGUAUUGGUAUUACGUAAGAGAUGAGUAAAUUUUUAAUACCAUAAGAUAAUUUAGAAUUCUUUAUAUAAAAUAUUGAUUUAUUUUAUAUAUAUAUGUUUGUUCCUCAUAUACAUAUGUAUAUAAAUGAUAUGUUAUAAAAUAAGAAUAUUUAAGAUGGAGGAAUGUUAUAAAAAUCAGUUAUUAUAUAUGUAUACUAGGAUUUGGUUUAAUUAUCAAAGAUUCAUGAAUCAAUAUUUUUAACAUAUUAAGCUUAAUCAUAAAGAUGUUUUGAAUAAACAAAAACAUAAAUUUAAUUUGAAUAUUUAAAUUCAAUGAUGAAUAGUCCUAGAAAUGGAAUUAGUUAAAGAUUGAUUACAGAUAUUAAGUCGAUUUAAAAUUCUUAAUAAGAUGAAUAUUAAAUUUUAGAUACUAAUAGACAGGUUAAUAGUGAUAAAAAAUAAUAAAGAAGAGGAGGCAUAUCAGGUUUAACAUAAUAGAAAGAAUAAUAAAUGAUAGAAUUUUUUAAUGCUAUUGAUGUAAUACUAUUACUAUGUUUAGGAAUUGUAAAAAACCAUGUAUUUAUGUACAGCUAAAAUUCAAAUAGUUGAUAUAGGUAAAAAGAGAUUCAAAUAAUAAUAUUUUAUUUUAGAUUGUUCUGACUUUGUUGAUAGAGGUAAUCUAUAAGAAGAUGAAAAGAAACAAAUGAAGACAUAAUAAAGUUAAUUACGGAAUACAAAUGCCAGAAAUCUUAUGAGAAGACCAAGUUAAAUAUUUUCAUAUAGAAAGUAAGUUGAAUAGUAGAUGGAUUCUUCAAUAAUUAAUCCAAUGGGAUCUUAUCUAUAACAAUAAAGUUUUCUUAAUUAAAAUUCUGGAUCUAAUCAGAUAUUAAGUUAUGUGAGCUAAAAAAGAUCUAAUUAAAUUGGUACAAUAAUUAAAGGAGACUCUGAAAGUGUUCAUGAAGAAAUAAUUAGUAAUGAUUUUAACUAGAUUAUAAAAAGAAAUGAUGAAUUAAAAUCUAAUUAAGGACCAGUACUUAAAUCUUAAUCUAGUAGUAAAUCUGGUUCAUCUGGAUAAACUGCUAUUGAAAUUGUUAAUAAAUUUAAAACUUAGACUUCUCUAAUCUCUAGUCUAACAAUUAUUUCAAUCUUAAAAUUUAUUCUACUGUUACUAUUUAUUAUAUUUAUGUCCAUCAAUUUGGCUUAAGUAACUAUUUUCAAUCAUUAAGUAAUUACUUUUAUAACUGAUAUCAAUCUUCCUAUUCAUUUUAACAAAUAUCUCUUAAAUAUAUUCACUUAUUCUUGGAUUAUUUAAAUGAAAAAUAUUAAUAUAUUAAAUACUAGUUAAUUUAUUAAUUAUCAACUCUAAAAUUAAAGAAUUAGUAUGCAAAGCACAUUUUUAAAUCUUACAGAAAUGUAUGGAAGUUUUAUUGACUUAGAAGAAAAUCAAUAUUUAGAUGAAAUUUAAAUUGUUAAUUUAGAUGAAAACCUAUCUAUAGAAAAUACAGACUUUACUGGCUAUCUUUAUUAUCUUGAAUAAGUAGGUUUUGGAUUAAUGCAUAGUGAUAAUCAAUAAAGAUAUUUAACUAAUCUUUUAAAAUAUAGAAUUAAUUUUGGAAAUAUUAUUAGUAAUAAUGAAAAAGUGGUUUCUUCAUUAAGUUCAUAUUAUAAGAUUUAAUAAGAUGGAAAAAUUUCAACAUUUUUUAAUUCAAUUUUAAUUUAAGUAAUUGUUAUUGGUAUUAUUAUUUUAUCUUAAUUAUAUUUUUGGAGAAAAAUAGAAAUUUAUUGUUAAAGUAUUUUGAUGUUAUCUAAUCGGCUUAAUGAAAAGGCAGCAGAAACUCAAAUUAAUAAAUUCAAAUUAAUUAUAAUAGUUUUAAAAUAACUUUAUGGAUAAUUUGGUUAUAAAUAAAAAAAUUGUUAUAAACUUUGUUAUACUGAUUAAUCAAAAAAGAUAAUGAAUUUGAAGUCGAUAUCCAAAAAGAAAUCUCGAAAAUCCAUUUUUAUAUAAAAUAUUCCAAAUGAAGCAGAAGAUAGAGAUAAAGAUAAAAAUAAAAAUAAAAAAUCUACAUAAUCUACUAUUCCUUUAAAUUCUAGAAUAACAAAAACUUCAAUCAAAUUUAUCUUCAAAAUAAUUUUAGUAUUAUUUUUAGCAGUUAUGAUAAUUUUUUAUUUCAUAGGUUGUUAUCUUUUAUUUAAGGAUUAAACAUUUAGAUUAGCACCUACUUAAGAUUUAGCUAUGGAUUAUAUAGACUUUUAUAUUCAUUAUGAAAAUACUAUAGUAAUUUCCUUAUUAAUAAAAUCAGAAUAAUAGAUUUAUGAUUUUAUGAGAGAAAUGAUUCCAUCAAUUAGUAUGACUAUUAACCAUUAUUAAGCACAUUUGAAUACUAUACCACUUCUUUUAUGUACAUAUAGUUUUGAUCAUAGUGAUUUCAAUGAUAUUUAUAAUAAUAUUAUCUAAUCUGAUGCUAUGAAUGGAGAAGAUGAAACAUUUAUAUUAGGUUUAUAUAAUGGAGACUUUUGUUUAUUUUUUUAAUCUGACAUCCCUUUUUGUAAUAAAGAUUUAAGUAAGGUUGAUUUUUAAAAUAAAUAUGGAGCAUUUUCAAAUAAAGAUAAUAAUUCUGAAUAUCUCAGUAAGGGAAUCUCUGGCAUGGUUAAUAAAAUGGAUAAUUUUCUUAAUUAGUAUUUUGAAACUGAAAUUCUAACAGGAAAUACAGUUAAUGACUUAGAAUUAUUAAGUAAAUAAAUAAACACAUAGGAUUUUAACAACAUAAUUAUAUAACAUUAUCUUGACACUUAUUUAGGUUUUGAAGCCUUUGUUGCAAAAAUGUAACAAUCUUUGAUUACUAUGAUUGAAAAUUAACAAGACUAAUACAACAUUUAUUAAAUUGUAGUUGGAAUAAUUUUUACUAUAUUUUUUUUAUUUUCUUCAGUUUUCAUAGUUGUGAAAGUUAAUCUAAGAUUGAUUUAUAUCAGAUUGUUAAUCACUCUUUUACCAAUCGAAAUUAUGCUUGAUAUUUAUACAAUAUCUUUGUUGAAACUUUUAAAAUGA